AUGGCACCCGAAGAAACGACCAAACACAGCAAUGCCGGCGGAAAUGCUGAUAGCCAAAAUGAGAAGCUGUCUCAUACAAUCCCCAAGUUGAUUCCUGGGUCUCGAAGGAAAUCAUCUCAGCAGCCUGCCCUUUCAGAACCUGCUCCCCAGACACCUGCAUUACCUUCCCCCCCAUCGAUCGAAUCUGUGCAUUUCACGACGCCAGUCAAGCGGAUUCUGUCGCCCUCGGAUCAUGAGAAGUUCCUUGCCUCGCCGACGUACGUGCUGGUACUGGCAUGGAUCUUCACCCUGGCCGACUGCGUCCGCGGUCGUCGAAUUUCCUCGCUCGAUUCUCGAUGUUUUUCAAACACCAUCAAGGAACUUGACAGGGUCCUCGACAUCUUGGAAGGAAUGGUAAAACAAUAUCCUCCUCUCGACACGGGAUCGAGAUUUGGCAACCCGGUCUUUCGCAGUCUGCACAAAGCCAUUGUAAGAGAUGUGGACAGGAUACACAAGGAAGUACUGGGACUGCACAAUGAGGAUGCCAUCAAAGAGAUCUCUGUCUAUCUGAUCAAUUCAUUUGGUUCCGAGGAGCGACUGGACUAUGGGUCUGGACACGAGCUGAAUUUUAUGAUGUGGUUGUUGUGUCUGUACCAGCUCAAGCAGAUCCAACGAGAAGACUUCCCUGCGAUUGUAAUGCACACUUUCGUCCGAUAUCUCAACCUCAUGCGCAAGAUCCAGAGCACAUACUAUUUGGAACCUGCAGGGAGCCAUGGCGUCUGGGGCCUCGACGACUACCAGUUCUUGCCCUUUUUGUUCGGUGCAAGCCAGCUGGUCGGGCAUGCCUAUAUCACGCCCAGGUCAAUCCACAACAACGUUGUCCUGGACGAGGAAGGCAAUGACUACAUCUACCUCAACCAAGUGCGGUGGGUCGACAGCGUCAAGACUGUCAAGGGCUUGCGUUGGCACAGCCCCAUGCUAGACGACAUCUCAGGUGCAAAGAGCUGGCAAAAGGUGGAAGACGGCAUGCGGAAAAUGUUCGUCAAGGAAGUCCUGGGCAAAUUGCCCAUCAUGCAACACUUCCUUUUUGGGGGCCUAAUACCGGGCACUGAGGACAUGGGCCAACUGGACGAAGAGACACUUCGGGCGCAGGCGGAGAGAAUGCAGCAUGUGAAGGACUUCGGACACGAACCUGACUACUGGGGCGACUGCUGUGGGAUCAAGGUGCCUAGCACGGUCGCAGCGGGAGAAGAGAUGAGGAAGCGCAUGGGCACAUCGGGCGCGCUCCGCCCAAUACCAUUCGACUAA